GAAAAUUGAAAUAAUUGUUCUUUUUUUUUGUUUUAGGAUUCUGACGAUGCGUCUAACAGCAAACCAAAACAACAAAAUGCAGGUAAAACAUAUAAGUCAAGUGCAAAGCUCCGUGCAGAAGAGUUUAAGAAACAGCAUGAUAAUACCCUAACACAGUACAAUUUCGAUAGCUUAAACGCUCAAAUGCCGUGUGUUGGAACACUUGUGAUCGAUGGUGAUAUAGGGGGUACAGUCUUCAGAGUUGGGACACGUUGUAUAAUGACAGCAUUCCAUGUUAUUCGCCCAGUUGUAUAUGAUGAAGCUUCAGGUGGAUUGAAUUUCCAACAUCUUGACAGGAAAGAUAUUUAUGUUAAUUUCAAUGCAAGCAUUGGGAGUUUGCCAAAAAUUAUAUAUAAAUUGACUUGUGUAUUUUACAGUAUUGAAUUAGAUGUAGCUGUUUUAGACCUAAAUAGCUUAAGUGGGUUACCUAGAAAAAUGCUCCUUUAUAAGGGUGAUACGAAAAUUAAAAUAGAAACGGUGUCAGUGAUAGGGUAUGGUAAUCCAAAACAACAACUGAAAAAACAUUUUGACCCACCUUGUAAGGUAGUACCUCAACAUGGUACCGAAAUUCAAGCUGCUCUUGAUUAUUUUGAAAUCCACAGGAGUCAUUUCAAGAAAGCUAUCUUCUUAAAUCCUGACAUUGUAGAUGAUGGUUACCAAGGGUACGAUAACCCAAAGAACAUAAUAUAUCAUGGAUAUUUGGAGCAUGGUGCGUCUGGGGGCCCAUUGUUAGUUAGUAAUGAUUCAAGAACUGUGCUAGUUGUUGGCGUUUUGACCCAUGGAAUUCCAGAAUAUUUUUAUCAUCUUCCGGAUGAGGAGAAAAACAAAUUUCCAAAGGAUUACAGAUUUCAUUUAGCAUGUAACAUGAAAUAUAUCUACGAAGCAAUUAGGAAUGAAAAUGAAGACUUAGCAAAAGAUCUGUUUGGGGGCCACUAAGUAAGAAUUAUAUCUUGAAACACAGAAUAUUUUCUACUAAGAUAGUAUUGUAACGCUGGUUAUACAGGGAGUAUUUUCUUUUUAUGAAUUGCCCGAGUUCAGCAUUGGAAAACAAACAAAACAUGCCGCCAAUAAGUUGAAACAGUCAUAUGAACUAAGUACCAUCACAAAAAGAUUAGAUAUAUACUAACAUAAAUGUUUUGAAAUAAAAACGUUCCAGUUGAUGUCAUAGAAUCAGUUUCAAUUUUUUUGUUUUGCUUCAAUCAUGGAAAAAUAUCUGAUGCUUGGACCAAAAGGUUUUGAUUUGCAAUGUCAUAGUUAAAUGUUUAACUUUAGAAAAUUCUUUAAAACUCAGUAGUGUCGUUAUUGAUUUUGUAACAUUGCUGUAGGCCCAUUUGCUCCAAUAUUUAAUCAAGCACAUGAAUCAUGAUUUUGUCGGUUAAAAAAAUGCCCAGUGUUGUUAUAUUUUCUGGUCCUUUGGUAUCUUGGACAACACUCAUUAAAACUUUAAUAGAAUACCGUAUACGCCGGUGCUUGUGCACGUGCGGGGUGUUGCACCUUUCAUUAACUCUCAAAAACAGACUCUUGGUUGUACCUCAUGCUUCUAAAGGAUCAUGGUACAGAUUAUUAUUGAUAAAAUUCGACAUAGUAGAGAAAAGGUGUACAUGUGAAACGGGCUAAACUUGGCCCCAAUUGAGCGCUGGGAAUUAAAUUCAAAGCAGUGCAAAACAAGUUUUCAGAUAUUGCAUCACAUCCUUAACUAACCAUAAUAAACAAACUUUAGUCAAGUAGAGCUUUUUAUGCCCCGAAAUAUAUUCAUGAAUUAACCUCUUUAUGCCCUUUUAGCUAAAAUAGCAGGAACUGGUCGAUCAAAACUAAAUGCGUAUGUUCGAUGGACUUCUAGAUAAAAAGAUAUUUGAUUCUCAUCCAGUCGAUUCAUUGGAUUACCAAUUACCAUUCGAUUUGCUUAUCGUUAUAUAAGUCAUUCGUAAACAGCUACGGCUAUCUUCUAUUGAAUUUGCAAGGUUAGAGGAGCAUUUUUAAGGAAAAACACUAAGGCGUAAUUUUAAUCUUUUAUAGGUGUAUAUAUAUAUAUAAACAUUUACAUAAAUGAUUUUAGAGAUGGUUUUAAAUUUACGUUUUUAACCUUAUGUAUGUACAUGUAUAUAAACAUUUUUACAUAAUCGCUUUUAGAAAUACUUUAGUUAGUUAAUUCAAGUUUUCAAAACAACUUGUUUUCGGUGAUAUAAGAACUUUUUUGUGUCGAUUCGCCGUAAAAUCUAACUCACCCGCUUUUCAUUCGAAUCCGAAAAGACGUACAUGAUGAUGUUACUGACCCUGAAAUGACUUAAUGGGAUGGUGUUACAAACACUGAUAAGACUAACGUGCUGAUAUUACCGACACUGGUGCGUGAUGAUGUUAAUGACACUGAUAAAACGUAAGUGAUGAUCUUACUUACAUUGAAAAUACGGACGGGGUGGUAUUACUGAUAGUGAUACUAAGUACAGGAUGAUGUUAUUGACAUGAUAAUACGUAUGUGAGGUUUGUUUCUGUUUAGUGUAUCGUUGCACCGACACAAUUAUAAGUCAUAUGACAACUUUCCAAAUUAUUGGUGGAGGAAAACCCAAGGUGCCCCUCCUUGCACUAUUUCAUCACCGUCGGGAACCUUGAUAGAACCACCGACCUUCCGUAAGCCAGCUGGAUAGCUUCAGACACUGAUACUACGUCCGUGAUGUCACUGAAACUGACAAUACCUACAUAAUGUUGCUACUGACAACAUGUACGUUAAGGUAUUACUGACGCUGGUCCCACGUAUGUGAUGAUGUAACUGACACUGGUACUGUGUACAUGAUUUUACUGUAACUGAUAAUACCUACAUGAUGACAUUACUGAUGCUGAUACUACGUCUGUAAUGAUGUUACUGACGCUGAUGAUACGUCCUUGAUGAUGUAACUGACAAUAAUACUACGUACGUGAUGAUGUUAUUGCUUCUGAUACUUCAUUCGCAAUGAUGUUACUGAAACUGACACUACAUCCAUAAUUAUAUUAUGGACAUUGAUUCAACUAACUUGAUGAUUUUACUCUCACUGAUAAUACGUAUGUGAUGAUGCUACUGACAUUGAUAGUACUUAGAUGAUGUUACUGACACUGAUAAUACGUACGUUAUGAUGUUACUGACAUUGAUAGAAGUCACUUGAGUAUGUUACUGACACUGAUAAUUCGUGCGUGAUGAUGUUACUGUAACUGACAAUACAUGCAUGAUGAUGUUACUAACAUUGAUAGUACUUCCUUGAUGAUGUUACUGACACUGAUAAUACGAGCGUGAUUAUGUGACUGACAUUGAUAAUACUUGAUGAUGUUCCUGACACUGAUAAUGCGUAAGUGAUAAUGUUACUGACAUUGAUAGUACUUACUUGAUGAUGUUACAGACACAGAUAAUACGUAUGUAAUUAUGUAACCGACAUUGUUAGUACUUUCUUGAUGAUGUUACUGACAUCGUAAUGUCAUAAUACGUACAUGAUUAAGUUACUGACAUUGAUAGUACUUUCUUGAUGAUGUUACUGACACUGAUAAUACGUAAGUAAUUAUGUAACUGACAUUGAUAGUACUUUCUUGAUGAUGUUACUGACACUGAUAAUACGUAAGUGAUUAUGUAACUGACAUUGAUAAUACCUUCUUGAUGAUGUUACUGACACUGAUAAUACGUAUGUGAUGAUGUUACAGGCACUGAUAAUGCAUACGUGGUUAUAUUAAUGACAUUGAUAGUACUUACUUGAUGAUAUGGCACUAACUAAUAAUACGUAUGUGAUGAUGUUACCGGCACUGAUAAUACAUGCGUGAUGAUGUUACUGACACUUUUGUUGCCAAAACAUGUUGUUUUGCUACACUUUAUAGUGAAGGGUAAAAGUCAUUCGAUGAAUUAACGAAUAACAUACAUAUAAUGCUUAUGAAUGAAAUAGGAUUUUGUUUUAAACGUUUUUUACACUGAUAUGUGCUAAUUAUCAUGCCGUUUAUAGCUCUAUUUCUCUUUAUUUGUAGAUAUACUUUGUAGAUGCAUGAUGUACGAUAUCAUAUCACAACCACAUAUAUAUAUACUGCAAAAAACAACAACAAUAACAACAACAAAAAUAAAUCCCAAAACACAAGAAACAAUGUUUAGAUUCUCAGUCAUUGCUUCAUUAUUUUCACCUUAUCCACCCACUUCUUCUGUUUUACUGACCCCGAAUAACUUUUUUAUGGCCAGAGUCGUCCUGAACUGUUGCUUUCAACACUAUAAAAAAUAGUUCUGAAGUGAAUAUUGUUAAAUAGUUAACAACAAGUUGAAACUUCCACUAUUUUCUCCUUAACUUUAGGUCACUUCUUAACAUUUUGAGGCACCAUCUGUAACGAAACAAAGAAUAUAGAAAUUUGACACAAUAAAACGUUUUUGCCCUCCCACCUAACACGAGCAUGCAGAGGUUUGCCCUUACAUCGCCAUUUUUUCCGCAAUGUCUUGAAAGAACAUCUGCUACUAAACCACUAUGCCUAGUUUUACCAAUCUUUUCCAUUAAAGUUGUAGACCCGAUUUCAUAAUAGUUUUACGGAAAUGUCCCUUGUGUGACCUUCUACAUAAUUCCAUCAAGCCAUAAUUGAUUUGUUGAAAAACAUAACCAACAAUUGGCGGGGCUAGAUUUCUCUAAACGGCUAUAUGGAAAAUCUAAAAAAUGAUCACCUUUAAAACUGUAUGACUGAUUUUGAAAUAAUAUCACACAAACACUUUUGUGUGACUUUUUCCGAAAAUUUUUGCUAUAUCAUAAAAGAUGACCUCCAGAGGGCUGAGCACUUUCUUCUUAUAAUGGCGGCCGCCAUGGUUAAAUUUUCUUGCUUGUUUUUUUUUUCAAAAUAAUUUUACAAAAAUUUUCUUUAGGUGCACCGCUACCCUUUUUUUCAAAUUACUGGACUUUUUAAAAAAUAUGGCAGCCAGGAACCGGACAAUGUCUUCUAUUUAUAGAUAUUUUUGUUUUAUAGACACUUUGUACUCCACUUUUAAACAAGUGACCCGAUUACAAAAGAUUUUUUUCUUGAAUUUCACUUUGGCGACCCCCUUUUAUACUCCUUCAAUCUAUGCUGAUUUUAUCAAAACAGAUUUUUUUUCGUUACCCUGUACCGGAAAUGUUCAAACCAACUAUUAUUGACCCCUGUUUACAAAAUACAUGAGAUUCCAAUCAUUAAUUAUUUUUCCCAUGUCUGUUUUUACAGUCCAAAUGCGUUCAGUUACGUUUUCAAUGAAAGUUUUUUUUGGUGUUUUUAUGCUCGAUAUGCCAUGUUUGGUUCCAUGGGUCACGAACUCGUAUUAUAAAUGAGCAUUUUUACGAUCAUGUUCUUUAUAAAAAAACGGCCUUGGACAAUUCUGUCAUUUUAGAGAUAUUAAUAAAAGCAAUGCGAAUGAAAGAAAAAAAAAGAAAAUUACAAAAUUUAAUAUUGAAUACUUCGCAGAUUAUUGAGUAAUUUCCAUUAGGGUAUUAUAUCAGUUGUGUUUAAAGCGAACACAGUUUCAACAUUUCAAAAACAUCAAUGUUCUAUAUACCUGGCUAAAAUUACUAAAUUGCAGUUAAUUCUUUAGUUAGUUUAUACAAAUGUAUUUUAGGCCAAUUUUGAAGCAUAUUCUACAACUAUUAACCACUCUUGACACUUCAUUCCUGAUGGAAUCCAUUGCCAUGAGGGCAUGAGAGAAGGGAAUCCAGUCUCCCCUUCUUUAUGCUGAGCGCUAAGCAAGGGAGAUAUUGGUAUCUGGUAUGACGCGGCUGGGGAGCAAAACCACGACCUCCCGAACUCGAGGCGGACACUCCCAUUCAACGCUAUCGAUGCGGUUAGUUUAUACUUGCCGCAAACUUAUCAUCUAGUAAAUGUAGUUUUACAGUGAUGGUAUUUUCAGCUUGAACUAAAUAUGAAACUAGAAACGUGUCUUUCUAUGGCAAAAGAUAAAGUUGUAAUUUCUAUAUGUAAUCCAAAGAUGGUCAGUUUUAUUGAAUCAACCAAUUAUAUUACGUUCAGAUAGUGAUAUUUGUAAACAAUGCAUACAAAGGGGUAGUUAAUAGAAAUGAUGUUUAAGACAUUGCUGCUGCUUUUUGUACAUUUAAGACUUCUCUGUAAAUUCAUGUCUUCAUUGUUUUUAAUGUAUUGUGGAAUAAAUAGAAGACGUAUAAGA